UAUCAUUCUACGAUUUCAAUAAUUUUCCUGUACAUGACAAAAUGAUACAUCAACAACUUCAAGUAUGUUCUUACUAUAAUAAUAAAGAGAAUAAAGUUGAUGAUGGAACAGACCAACAAUUAUCAUCACAUAUAAUUUCAUAUUUCCGUAAAAAUAUGCAUUCACCGCUUUUAAAAAUUGUUGAGCAAUGGUUGAGAGAAGAUUUACAGAAAUUGAGGCUUCUUCAAGCUAAAGAAAGAAAAAAAACUGAUCAGGAACAGGACAAAAUACUGUUGGGAGAAGAAACACCAAGAACAAAAUGGGAUAGUUUUUCAGAAAAU